UUUCUUCUUUGCAAUCCUCUUCUUCACCGCCUUCGUUAAUGGAAGUGUUAUUGCUGGUCGUGAUAAUGGAAAUGUUAUUGCUGGUCGUGAUAAUGGAAAUGUUAUUGCUGGUCGUGAUAGACGAUGUACUAUUGAUGUUGACGUGCUCGGCUUUCUUUGUGAAAAAAAUGGACAAAAU